AUGGGGAAUCAAACCAGACUGCCUUACUUUCUGCUCCUAGAAUUCUCAAAAAAUCGACAUAUGCAGCUUUUGCAUUUCUUCUUCUUCUCUGUGUUAUAUCUGGCAACUGUAACAACAAAUCUUCUCAUCAUCUUUGCAGUAGCUUUCAGCCAUCAACUUCACAGCCCCAUGUACUUCUUUCUCAUGAAUUUGGCUCUACAGGACGUUGGCAUUGUUUCAGUCACUGUCCCAAAAUCCAUGACAAAUUCUCUCAUGGACAACAGAUGCAUCUCUUAUUUUGGUUGUGCUGCUCAAAUCUUUUUCUUUGUUUCUUUUAUAGCUUCUGAUUUCUUUCUUCUCACAGUCAUGGCAUAUGAUCGUUAUGUUGCCAUUUGCCAUCCAUUACAUUAUCACAUAAUGAUGAAUUGGAAAGUGUGCACUGAAGUAAUGAUAUUUGUGUGGGUUUCAGGUUUUGUCUGUGGAAUCUUACAUACAACUGGCACUUUUUCAGUCCUGUUUUGUUCUAAUGUGAUCAACCAAUUCUUCUGUGACAUUCCACAGUUGCUAAAACUAUCCUGCUAUGGCUUCAAUCAAUUUGAAAUUGGAGUUCUCGCGGUCCAUAGCUUGGUUGGACUAGGUUGUUUUACUUUUAUUAUUGUAUCUUAUGCCAUGAUUUUCAAGGCAGUGCUAAUAAUCCCUUCUGAACAAGGAAGGCAAAAAGCCUUAUCCACUUGUAUGCCCCACCUCACAGUAGUAUUUAUGCUUUUUUUAACUGGAUGCUUUGGCUAUCUGAGACCUUCCUCUGACACCCCAACUUACUUAAAUUUUGGAUUGACUCUUAUGUAUUCUAUUCUUCCGCCUCUGUUCAAUCCAAUCAUGUAUAGUAUGAGAAAUAAGAAUAUUAGAUUUGUCCUUUCUAAAUUGUGGAGAUUCUGA